AUGGGCAAUUCGUCUUCGUCGCACGGCAAACUGCACAGGCUGCAGCACAACGGUGCGGCUAGUUCCCGAGAUCAUCUGUCGUCGUCGUCGUCGUCCGAGAGGUUCACUUCCGGUCCGCCGUCCGCACCGGGAAAACCGUAUCUAGUGGUCGCGGAUCCAGCAGACGAACCGGACGUGAUAACUGUCAAGUGGAAACCACCGGCUCGUGACUGCGGUUCGAAAAUCACAGGGUACAUCGUUGAGCAUCGUCGGACCAUUUCGCCGCAUUGGGUCAAAGCCACGCCGGGAAAAGUCCAACACAAUCAGCUGACGUUGAGUGGCCUCGAGCCAGGAUGGCGUUAUCAGUUCAGAGUAAAAGCUAUCAACGCAUCGGGACAAUCGCCACCGAGCAUCGUUUCAGAUCCGGUCACGAUGACCGUUCACAGGACGGCGGUUGUAGCACCGGUUUUUGUUUGUGGAAUAGAAGACCGCGUCGCGUUGGAAAACGACCAGGUAAAAUUCGAAGUGGAGUUUGAAGGUACGCCAGCACCGAAAAUCAGUUGGUUCAAAGACGGGUUUGAACUGCUCAGUAACAGACGGCAAAGAGUGAAUACCGAUAAUGGAAUGAGUACAUUAUACAUCCAUCAGGCCGAGUACUCGGAUGAAGGAGAAAUAAAAUGUUCAGCUACAAACAAAGCUGGCCAUGCGAUAACAAAGGCUAGGUUGAGACUCGAAGCACCACCCAUGGUUCGUUUACCGCAAGACUACGAAGAAGGUUUGCUCUUGGAACAAAAUGAACCUAUGAGAUUAAAAGUUUCAGUUUCCGGUCGUCCGCUACCACAAGUUACUUGGCUUCACGACGGUGAAGAAAUCCGGGGUGGUGAUAGGUUCGAAGUGAUUCAUACAGAUAAAUAUGCCGCCUUAAAAUUAGCAUGUGUUAAGAGAUCAGAUAGAGGGUGCUAUCAAAUUCAAGCAGUAAACCCGUUGGGUGAUCAUAUGGCUUCAUUUUUGGUUACCGUUACGGAUAGACCUUCACAGCCAGGUAAAGUGCAUGUUUCCAAAACGUCAGGUAAAUCUGUAACACUCUCCUGGAAGCCACCGGAAGAUGACGGAGGCUGUAAAAUUGGAAAUUAUAUAAUUGAGUAUAAUAGAGUUGGCUGGGAUAUGUGGUUAAAAGCAUCGACCAGUAGACAACUUACGGCAGACCUCGACGAUUUACUUGAGGGUUCGGAAUACAGAUUUCGAGUAAAAGCAGAAAAUCCUUACGGUAUGAGCUUACCGAGUGACGUAUCUGAACCAAUAUUUUUACCGGAUAUCAAACGAGGUAUAUACAAGCCGGUUGUCACACCGACUCUCUUAUUCGAGGACGAAGAAAAGCUAAUACAGAUUCAAGAAACGGAAAUGUUAGAGUACUUUGGUCGAAAAUCAAAAUCUCCGGAGCCGUUGUCUAAAGCGAGGAAACUAAGUGUAGACGAGGUUUCACCUCCUGUACCAAAGAGGCGAAAAAAAAAGUCAAAGACCGAUUUAAAUAACUCAGAGACGGAUAUUUAUAAAUCAUUUAGUUAUCUAGACGUAUCCACUGAGACCUGGCAACAGCCAAUUGAACAAAAGGACCAUUGGGGUUUACCUCCUGGAUUGAAGACAAAUAAUGGUGGGAUAAGUCAAGGAGAUACAACGAACUCUCAAAUACCGCCAAUGAAUUAUAAAACAAAAAGGAAUUCAACAGAUUCUUUAUUACUAUUGAAUUUCGAACGAGGAUCAGCUCCACCCAUUUCAUUAUCAUCUCCAGAAUUAGGUGCAGAGUCUGAAGGCGUCGAAGAACAUUUAAGGAACUCUUACAGCUCUAGUGAACUUCUCUACGAACGAAACUUAAAUCGGUUUAAUGGAUAUUCAAACAAUGAAAAUUUGUCUUCCGAAGCUCAAAAAAUUGCAAUUUAUGCGAUGGAUAGGAAAAAUAGUUUAAGGCGCUCACCUAUCACUAGAAGAUCAAAUGAUGGCUCGGAAGAAAAAUCAAUUUUUAGCGAUUCAGAUUCAGUUCAUAGUGUUGUCGAUAUUUCUAAAAGAACAAAUGCAAAUAGUUUUAUGUCGUUAGCGAACAGCAUAGAAGAAGAAAUCAUGGACGAUGCUAAAGAAACAAUCGACGACGACAAUCCGGAACAGUCUACUUCAUUUUCUGGUCAAGGGUCUGAAACGUCAAUAGAAUCUGACGAUGAUUAUAAUAUGUCGGACAGGUCGGAAGAAAAGUUUACCAAUUUUGGAAGUGGAAAACGAGCGUUAGAAAACAAUACAUCUAGCGCUUUCUUUUCAACAGUGUAUUAUGACGAUGAUUAUAUGUCAGAUCAGAAACUGUCCGACAGAGAAAGGUCAAAGUCACCAGCUAAAUGGGUGGAAAAUGUCAACGGGGUAGCAUCAACAUCGGCCGCCAUAGGCUCUGAAAAUUCUGAUCGAAGACCGUCGACGACGGCGGUAAUUCCACCGUCCAUGGAAGAUAGGUCGGAAAAGUCUGACUCGAUGUCACAAGACUCCUUAAAUUACUCUAAUGAAUCGACUGAUAGUGGUGAAUACUCUCGGCCGGAUGAGAACAAAUCAGACACGGCUGACAUAUCUACGGUAGAGAUGCCAGUGGAUGCUAUUUAUCGACCAAGGGACGGGAUCCCCAAGUACGUAAUGUUACCAAAUCCGUUCUUCAAGGAAAAUGCAUUUGCGUCCGACAGUUCAGAGCAGGUUAAGUUCAAAUUAUCGUCAGAUUCGAUCGGUAUCGUACCACCUGAGAUACCGGAACGGGAAACCAGUGUUGGUAGUGGCGGUAGACCGACUCUUCCAGUCAUUACGGUUACGGAGACGAGCGAUCGUAGCCCCAAGUCUGUGCUGAAGAAGAUUUUUGUGCCACCGUUUUUUAGCAGACAGUCAAAUGGGCCGGACCGUGACAGGUACGAUGAUCAAGUUACCCGGAAGAAGUCUCCGGGACGAGAGUCGAAGAUAUCCCAGGCAGCCAGUAACGGAGACGAAGCGAUUGAGCCUCCAGUCAUUACUGUCGAUACCUGCACAGAUGACAAUGCCAACUCAUCCACUGACACUGAUGCCACCGCUGCCGCCGAGAUGAUCGCGGUUAGACAUUACGGCGCCAUAGUGGAACAGUACAGUGGGGUGGCCAGGAGACCUGUAGCAAAAACUUAUCUGGACUUUGAACAGUUGAAAAUGGCUGCUGCCAUCGAAUGCGACGAUGAACCAGUCGUUAGAUUUGAGGCUGGCCUGCGGGACGACUACGAAGAAGACUGCGACGUAGAUGAAGAAUAUGGGGACGAAGAAUACUACGACGAGACCGAUGCAACGUUGUCCUUACAACCGGAAGCUGAUGUAGAUCUAGCGACAUCUGGAGAAUGGCUAUCGGCCGUCGUUCUGCAUCGGCCGGAAAUUCCCGAGCCCAACGCGGUACCGUAUUUGAAGAUAUUCGGCAACCUUUCUUUGGCAGUGUUCGGCUAUUGGCUAUACAUGUGCAAGGACGAAAAGCUGUCCGUACCGGUAUUUGGGUUUCUGUUGUUCCGAUUCUUCAAGACACAAGUGUGGGACAGGAUUUGA